AUGAGGCUGCUGCGCGCCGCCGCCGGACUCGCGGCGGGGGGGCGGCGCGGCGCGGCCCGGGUGCCGCAGCAGCUGGAAAAUAAAACAAAAGGGAAGCUUCAAAAGCAGAUCUGUCAAGUUGUUCUGGAUCAUUUUGAGAAGCAGUACUCAAAGGAACUGGGAGAUGCAUGGACCAGAGUCAGGGAUGUACUCACACACCCAUUGUGCUGGCAGCAUGCUGUCCUUCUUAACAGAUUCAGUUGGUCCUCAGAGCUGGAGGACACUUUGUGUUUGAAGGGAUACCGUCCUCUCUUUCAAGAAACUUUGCCUUAUCUGCCAGAAUCGUUGAAGUGUUACAUUAGUAGAACUCCUAGGAGAUUCCCAGCACAGAAACACCAGAUUGGUAAACUGAAAGAAUAUUACCUGCUGAAUGCUGCUUCACUCUUGCCGGUGCUGGCAUUGGAGGUGAAAGAUGGGGAAGACAUUUUGGAUGUAUGUGCUGCGCCAGGGGGUAAAUCAGUAGCUAUACUUCAGUGUGCCUAUCCAGGUCAAUUUCACUGUAAUGAAUAUGAUGGUUUGAGAUCAAGAUGGUUGAAACAGACACUAGAAUCCUUCAUCCCAGAUCCUUUGAUCAACUCAAUAAUUGUUUCUAAGCUAGAUGGCAGACAGAUUGGAGAUCUCAAUCCUGAAUUAUAUGACAAGAUACUGGUGGAUGCUCCGUGUUCAAAUGACAGAAGUUGGUUAUUCUCUUCUGAUAUUCAGCAAGCUACAUUUAGACUAAUUCAAAGGAAAGAGUUAUCUUCUCUACAGUUACAGCUGUUAAGGUCUGCUGUUAAAGCAUUGCGUCCUGGUGGAUCACUGGUCUAUUCUACAUGCACUCUGUCAAAGGCGGAAAACAGUGAUGUAAUAAAUCUCAUUCUAAAUUCAUGUAGUAAUAUUUUGCCUGAAGAUAUAAGUGAUAUACACAAAGCUGUUUCCCAGGAAUUCAGUCUUCUCAGUGGUACACAACAACAUGAACUUCUAGUUCUGCCAGAGAAGGGGAAAGCAUGGGGUCCAAUGGCAUUUCCUUCCUAUAUCCUGUCUCCUCUUUCAAGAGUAACAGUGAUGGAAACGAGGCAGCAAACAAGUCAACCUCUCUAUCUUAAAGGAAAUUGCAGCCCCAGGGAGAAGGCAGGGUCUAACAUCACUGAGUUCUGGUGUACAACUGUACUUCCGCGUACAUAUAGUGAAUUACAUACAGUGGAUUCAGGUGCAGAAAACAGGCCCCAAAGUCUUCUAGAGACUGGAGAAGACUUCUAGCAGAAAUUCAGGAAGUGCUCAAUCUGUGCAGCUGUCAAGAAGAUGACUCUGAGAUGAUUUGACUGCAAUAUGUAAGUGCCUUUGAGAAAAUAAAAUACUGGUAGAAAAGGGCUCUUCAAACUAACAUGGAAAGACACAGCGAAUCAGUAGCUGGAAGCUAUUGCCAAACUCAAAUGUGAUAAUGAGACACAGUUUUAAAAAUGUAUGUGAUCAUCACUGGUACAAACUGCCAAGGAAAGUGUUUGGACUCUUAGUUGCUGUUGUUUUCAGGUCAGGAGUUGAUGUCUUUCUGGAAGACAUGCUUUGGUUGUACAAGUUACUAGACUUCUUCUGUGGUACCUGAGUAAAAUUUAGUGGCCUGUGAAAUACAGGAGGUCAGUAAAGAUGAUUGUAAUGGUCUUAUCUGGCUUCAAGCUCUAUGAAUAAAUGGUUAUGUUAA